UGAAGAUACGAUUCAUGAUUCAUUUCAAAUUAAUCAAUAUAAUGUAUCUUUCUAUAUUAUCAGGUCAACAGAGUGUUCUCGCCUGUUAUCUUAUUACAUGUACAUAAAGGAUGAGGACUACAGACCAGCAGGACCCACUGUACCCUGGCUGUGGCACCUGACCAUGCCAGCUGUGCUGUAUAUUGUGGCCCUGGUGCUAGCUUAUCUAUUACAGGACCACACCGGAAGUCAAGGGCUGAUAGUGUUUGGGGAAUUGGCUUUAUUUAUUUUUCUGUCCACUAAACAUCAGCAUAGAAUGCUACAUGUGUGUAGAUGGCCAAAUCCUUUGUUUGCAGGCAGUUUUGCAGCUGGUUUAUUCAUCACAUUGGCUUGCUACUACCUCCAAAUGUUUAGUUAUGUCUCUCAUCAUCAUUACUUGAACCUUCUGUCAAUAUCUCUCACUGUUGUCAUGCUGUAUAUGUACUGGAGACUUUGGACUCGUGAUCCUGGUGUUGUCCGCGUCUCUGCCUUGAAGCCCAAUAAUGGUGGAUAUUACAGUGUGAGAGAUGUAGCUACAGGACAGGUGUCCCCUGAAAUGUUUUGUACAACAUGUGAGAUUGUUAGACCACUGAGGAGCAAGCAUUGUAAGCUUUGUGAACAGUGUAUCCAGGGCAUGGAUCACCACUGCCUGUUCUUACUGCGCUGUGUGGCCAAGCACACCCAUAGACUCUUCAUUCUCUUCAUUAUAACUGUGCUGUGCAGUCAGGUGCUGUUCCUGGUCCAGGUCUAUCUCUACUACCAAGCUGUGUUACCCAGUGUAACAAGCAAUGACUGGUUCAUAUAUGUUAAAUCUGCCUUCAAUCAACAUGCGUGGGUGCUUAGCUUAUCUGUCUUGAACUUAGGAUCUAUACUAUGGGGACUGAAAUUGCUCAAAUUUCAACUUAGUUUAGUCUCCAAAGGAUACACUACAGUUUUCCAGCCUCAUUUUCAAAAAGAAUGUGGACUGUCAAAGUUAGAAAUGGUAUUGAAUGUGAUAUAUUUCAUAGCUGGAAAAGGUUUAUAUCUGAAAGAUCCACUUUUUGAUGUUUGACUAUAUUUAAUGAGAAUUUGUUCAUUAGAGUUACAUCUGUAAAGGUUAAAAGUUCUAUUUUAAGUUACUUUUAGCAUAAUGUUAUGUACUUAGAUAGGCUUGCAUUCCUAGUAUUGUCUUCCAAGAUGAAUACUUAUUUGAGGAAAUGUCAGUAAUUGGUCACCUUUUUGCUAAGCAUUCAGUACAGAUACGCCAACUUGAGAAAAUUAUUUGAGCAAUAUUACUUAAAUGGUGCUUUUUUGUGUAAUGUAAACAGAUAAUGGGCAACCACAGGAGAGUUUUGUGAAAUGUUGCUUUGUAUGUCAUUUGAAAAGUGGUGUUUCAUUAGGAAUUCUGUACCAAUACUGGAAAACUCCAUGGCAUUUGAUGCU